UGUGGAUGCCAUAGCAACCAGAGCCUACUGGCAGCUGUUAGCCCCAGAGCAGACAUCAGCGGUCAACAUGGCGACCAAGGCAACCACCAUGAAAGAAGCUAUAAUCAAAUGGGAAGAGAAGAGCGGGGAGAAACCAAGUGAGGCUAAAGAAGUUAAACUGUACGGUCUGAUUCCCCCGAUAGAGAAGAUGGAUAACUCUCUCAAUGCAUUAGCCUCCUGCGAGAAGCUGUCUUUGGCCACAAAUGCUAUUGAGAAAAUAUCCAAUCUCAAUGCCCUCAAGAACUUGAAGAUACUUUCAUUAAGCAGGAAUAAUAUAAAAAGUCUUGUAGGGUUGGAGACAGUUGGAGACACUUUGGUGGAGUUAUGGAUUUCCUAUAAUUCCAUAGACAAACUGAAAGGCGUCAGCUCCUUGCACAAACUGAAAGUCCUCUACAUGUCCAACAACCUUGUUAAAGAUUGGGCAGAGUUUGUGAGACUUGCUGACCUGCCCAGCUUGUUGGACCUGGUUUUUAAUGGAAACCCGCUGCAGGAGAAGCAUGCCAUGGAGGGAAUCUGGAUGGACGAAGCCUCCAAAAGGCUUCCUAAUUUAAAGAAACUAGACGGGAUUCCCAUCAUCAAGGAGAUGGACGAAUAAGAUGAAACGAGCAAAAAGAAAAAAAAGAGAGACAAAAACUAUUGUCUUUCCCUUUUUUAUGUUGUGCAUAUUUUAUAAUGGUGCUUUCAAUUAAAAAAACAUAUUGAACAAAGAUUAUGACUGCCGUUCAACAAGCACAAAAUUCCAACCUUAAAACAUUUCUCAAAACCUGCAUGUGUAUUUACAUGGACAGCAUUUCUUAAUGUGCUUUCUAGCAUUGAUUUUAAUUAAUUUUUUUAUCAGACUGUUAAAAAAAAGAUGCUUUCUGACUAAAAAUCAACUUGCUUGGUUAAAUACAUUCUCUAAAGUGUCCUUAAUUUUACUUAAGAACUUAGUACAGAGUAAACACAUGCUAAAGGGUAAAAUAAAUUUCUAGAUUCAGUUAUGAAGCAUUUAAAAAAUGUUUUCUCAUUAUAUGAAAAAUUUAAAAAUCUUACGUGUUUGUUCUGAUAAAGGAGGUACGAGUAGGUGGAUUUCUCUUCUGGACAUUUAUUCGUCUCAUGUGUGAUGAGAAGACUGCAUGGUGGUCAUUUAAGGUUUGGAUAAUCUGCUUGAGAGAGGCAGGCAGGAGAGACUGAGGUUCUAACUGUGUGCUUCCCAGGAGUAUUGGUGCUCCGAACAGGUGUGACGUAAUACCGGCAUUAUCCAAAAACUGACCUUGACAUCCCGGCUGCAGCUGCACAAUGUGUCCACAAUGACAAAUCUCUGCAGCUCCCUGCUCACCUGUUGAGCAGUGCAGAUAAGAAUGCAUGUGGGCGCCGGUUUUGUGUUAAAAAAUGUUCUGCCUCAACAAGUAGCACAGUUUAUACUGUUUCAUGAAAUAAGAAAUUUGUAACAAAGAUAUAAAGCACAUAGAAAAUAGUUUGGCUUUUAAAACCAGUUAGCUUUUGUUAUCAAAGGAAGAGACGGGAACCAUGUUUGGGAUUAAAUAUGAGCCAAAAAUAGCAGAAUCAAUAUUAACAUGACCAAACUAUACAGUUUGAAUUGCUGUUUUAAAAUAUUUGUUCUGGUUAGGAUUUGUUAGGAUUUUUUUUAUUUUUUAUUUUUUUACUGUGGUCCGCUUCAUUGUUUCACUUACAAAAAAUACGUUUGGUGUAUGUUAGAGAGAUAUAUGGACACCCUUCUGUCAAAUGUUAAUCGGAGUUCAUAAGAAACGGUUUCAUAAGAAAAACAAUGACUAAAAUAUGAUUACUUUUAAUGUGAGAUUUACUGUAAUCACUGUAGUGUUCAUAAGUUCAAAUGGAAAAUGAAUGUUAGACUGCAAAGAGAGACAAAUCUCUGUGAUAAGACAUUUUCAUGUCAAAGCCUCAUGACCAAUUCUUAAUGUCUAAAUAACCUUUAAGAUGUUUUGCAUAGAACUCUUUACUGCUUAUAUUCUGAGGGUUUUUCUCAGACAUCUGACAACAAGAAAUCAUACCAUCUUACUGUCUUUAUUCUGCUAUAAUUUUCAGUUUUCUUGAAUAAACUGUUUUUUGUGUCUGCA